CUAUUUUGUUUUCGUUGUAGUGAUCCAAAAUACAUACAUCAUCAUCGGUGAUAGAAAAUGUGGUGGAAAUUAUCACAAUUGGAUUUUCUAUUCGAAUAUGUCGGCAUGACACCGGAUUAUCGUAUCAAACAUUUUCUUUGGAUAAAUGUAUCACCAGUAUUAUCCAUAUGGGCCAUCAUUAAUUUCGUCGUAUUCGCCAAAGUUUUGGGACCCGAAUUAAUGCGUGGAUUACCAGCAUUCGAUGUUCGUUGGCUAAUGUUUAUAUACAAUGUAACCAUGUCUAUCUGUAAUUGUUUUGCUGUUUAUAAAACCAUUACAUUAUCGGAUUAUUUCCGUGUCCUUUGGAAUUUUGAUUAUCCCAAUCGAAUGGAUAGUUCAACGAAAACAUUGUAUCUAAUACAUCUUGGCUAUCUGUAUUGGUUAUCAAAAUUAUUGGAUCUAUGGGAUACAAGUUUUUUUGUAAUUCGAAAAAAAUUCUCCCAGGUAACUCUGUUACACGUAUAUCAUCAUACAGUCGUUCCAUUAUUUGGUUUUAUAUUGAUGCGCGUUAAUCCUGUAUUACCGUGUGUUUUUCUAUUCUCUUUGGUCAAUUCAACCAUACAUGUUAUCAUGUAUUCAUAUUAUGGACUAGCCGCUUUAGGACCAUGGAUACAGCCAUUUUUAUGGUGGAAAAAAUAUAUAACCAUUCUACAGCUUUAUCAAUUUGUUCUGUAUGGUUUUUAUGGUAUGGCCAUUUGGAUAUUCGGUCAAAAUUAUCCAGUAUAUUGGCUAUAUAUAGGCCUUACACAGCCACCAUUAUUUUUUUGGCUAUUUUUGGAUUUUUACAUGAAAGCUUAUAAUCGUAAUGCUAUGGAUAUAUGGCGUGCAUUAUUAAUGUAUCGUCGUCGUCGUCAACGACAACAAGAUCAAAUAUUACAGGAAAAAUCAAUGAAAAGAACACAUGAUCAAAGCUUCGUUAUGAAUGACAAAAAUGAUGAUGAUGAUGAUUUGUAUCUAAAAAAAGACAAAUCUAAUCAUCAAAAUAUGAUCGAAAAUAAUGGCCUUAAACAAAGAAUAAUAAGAAAUUAG